GACGAACUUUAAAUAGCGAUUCAGCAAGUGAGUGACGUCUGAGACAUCACCGUCGCCUGUCCGAGAUGGACGGACUAGAGGCGUGUUUGAUACCUGGCCUAAGCCGUCGCCACCAGCCACACUUUUCUCGCCGCAGUUGUGGUGGCCAAUUUGGCCGCCACAACUUAGACGUGGCGUGUGGCCCCACACACCAAACACGCUAUAGACUUUCGCACAUGAAAGAUAAUAUGCUCACCCUCAACAGAAAGCUACACCCGCUAGUGUCACCAUUGCCGGGGCUUUCGCCCAAAAUAUUCUCCAACACACGGCCAAGCCUCGGGUCGCACGCCGCCUCAGCCUCAAACCCGCGCUUGCCCGAGCCACUGGUCGCCACCGCCAUGCCACCAAACGAGUGUAGGGCCCGUCGACGCCAAACCGGCCGGCCGCGUAGCCGUGCCGGCGCACCUCACUAGUCCACUAGACGCGCCUCACUACGCGCAAGGAGGCCCACCCCUUCUUCCUGCAAGGACCACCACCUCCAUGACGUAGAUCCGGUGAGGGAGGGCCAGAUCCAGACCGACAGGCUCAGAUCCGUCGAACCCUGGCCACCGGCAUAGCUUCCUGCCGGCUGUCAUGCACCACCCUGACACAGACUCCGAAAUGCCGUCACCGAGGGGCACGUCUAGAAGAGGGCUCGCCGCUCACAGCUGCGGCAUGCGAGCACAUGCCCUACGACGGAUGGAGCCGGGCGAGGGCAAGGCUGGGCAAGGGCGAGGAUGAGAGGGGAGAGCAGAGCAGAGCUGUUCCCUGCUGCCGCCAUCCUUGUGCCCGCGCGAGCCACUCGGCAGAGCGCUCCGAUGACAGCGAGGCAGGGGAGUGGGAGGGAGAAACCAGCGGGGGUGCUGCCUGGUUCCGCCCAUGGGCGCCGGUAGUCUCCCAAAAUUGCGGUAGCUAGCAUUGGUUUACUAUCUGUUGUGUGGUAUUGUGUACCUAAUAAUGGUUGGAAUGCUGGUAGUUGUUUUUUUUGUAGUACUAUAAUAAUCUGAUGUGAUUCUAGUAUUUUCAGUAAAAACUCAUCAGAGACGUGAAGACUAUAAUUUUACCAUGUAUAUGUCCGGUUAUAUGUGUACUCAUAAGACAGGUCACUUUAAUUUGCUCUGGCUCUAAUCCCACAUGUAAUUUGGUAUCUUUCUUUAAACCUACAGAAUGAGGAUCUAUCUAUUUUCCGAAUUUACUUUCUUGAGAUGCAGAAACUUAGCAGGACUAAACGAAGGCAAUGAAACUGGAUUAUGAAAUCCUCCCGCUCCAAGAAAAUGUACUCUGGAAGAACGCUCUGUCGUACGUAUUAGUUCAAAACAGCACCUUAAUUUUGCCAGACUGACAGUAAUAUUCUGAAACAAAUUUAAGUGAGAAAUUUCAUAAGCUAUCAAAAAGGUGAGAAUUUUACCUUUUUAGCCACCGGGGACCGAGCUGGAAUGCUAAUUUAUCAAAUCAAACGAUGAAAAGUUGAAAACGUCCAGAAGAGGAAAGGUAUUUUCCAAUUAUUUCAUUUUCCACCUAGACAAUUCCAGUACCGCUUCUGCCCCCAGCAGGUGCCAGCGCCAUCGCCGUUCGCCUCCUCUCCACACUCCGCCAGAUCCCAUCCCUCUCGCCCACGCGCGGGUAUCGGAGUCGGAGCAUGGCGUCUGCAGUGGUGGUGGACGCCGGCGACGCGCCGGAGCCCACGGUUCGUAACCUCCUGGACCAGGAGUCCCUCAAGUGGGUCUUCGUCGGCGGGAAGGGCGGCGUCGGCAAGACUACCUGCAGCUCCAUCCUCUCCGUCCUCCUCGCCGGGGUCCGCUCGUCCGUGCUCGUCAUCUCCACCGACCCCGCGCACAACCUCAGCGACGCCUUCCAGCAGCGCUUCACCAAGUUCCCCACUCUCGUCCGCGGAUUCACCAACCUCUACGCCAUGGAAAUUGACCCAAAGGUAGAAAAUGAUGAUUUAUCCAAUGAAGGAAUGGAAGGAUUCCUGUCAGAACUGACAAAUGCGAUUCCAGGAGUAGAUGAAGCUAUGAGUUUUGCUGAAAUGCUAAAAUUAGUCCAAACAAUGGAUUACUCUGUUGUAGUUUUUGAUACUGCUCCUACAGGGCAUACAUUACGGUUGCUUCAGUUCCCAGCAACCCUAGAGAAGGGUCUUGAGAAAAUGAUGGAGUUGAAAAAUAGAUUUGGCGGUCUGUUGAAUCAGGCCAGUCGAUUGUUUGGUCUUGGUGAUGAGCUGAACGAGGAUGCAAUGCUUGGGAAACUUGAGGGUAUGAAGGAUGUGAUCGAACAAGUGAACAGGCAAUUUAAAGAUCCAGACUUGACAACUUUUGUAUGUGUUUGUAUCCCGGAAUUUCUUUCAUUGUAUGAAACAGAAAGAUUGGUGCAAGAGUUAGCGAAGUUUGAGAUUGAUUCACACAAUAUUAUUAUUAAUCAAGUUAUAUUUGAUGAGGAAGCUGUCGAGUCAAAACUGCUAAAAGCACGGAUGAAAAUGCAACAAAAAUACAUUGAUCAGUUCCAUAUGUUAUACGAUGACUUCAACAUCACCAAGCUUCCCUUGCUUUCAGAAGAGAUGCAUUUUCCAGGUUUGUGGUGUUCAAGCUCUCCAAAACUUUUCCCAGCACUUCCUUACACCAUACAAGUCUACUCUUAAAAGGGGCACCGUCGAGGAGCUCGAACAGAGAAUAACUAUAUUAAAAUCUGCACUGCAAGAAGCUGAGACAGAGUUAGAUAGGGUUAGGAAAGGGAAGCAGUCAGUGUGAUUUUUUUUCCACAGGUCAAGUGUGUAAAACCAGAGAGACGAUCAAUUUUUUCGUGUCAUUACACUCUUGUUGAUUUCACUAUCAUGUUUCCUCAUCGAGGAGUUUAGACUUGUAAUAGCUAUCGGCAGAGAAGUGUUUGAUUCACACAAGAUAUAUAGAUCCAUUCUUUUUGCCGGUUA